UUAAAAUGUUUAGUAACUGUAAUAUUUUUAUUUUAUUUUUUAUAUUUGCUAAAGAACUUAAGGUUGCUCAAGAAAAAAAUCAAAAGAAAACACAUAAGAAAAAGCAGAAGAAUUUGGAAGAGCAACAGUCUGGUUCCUUUACAACAAUUUCAAGGAAAGUUUCUUUUUCUGAAACAAAAACAGUUAUGACAGACAAUUUUCCUCCAACUGCGGAUGAACCAUCAGUGAUGCCACAUAUUUUAACAUUGGACAAUCCUUCCAUGGUGGACGAACCAUCAAUGCUGCAUCAUGAUGCAACAGCGGACCAUGCUACCAUGUUGGACCAACCAUCAAUGCUGCAACAUACUUCGACAGUGGAUGAUACUUCCUUUGUGGCCGAACCAUCAAUGCUGAAACAUUCGGCAAGAGUGGAUGAUCAUUCCACGGCGGACCAAACAUCAAUGAUGCAAGAAUAUUCUUCUGUGGUUCAAAGUUCCACUACGGUAGAGACUUCCACGGUAAAUGAAACAUCCAUGAGGCAAGAACAAUCAACAAUGGAUGAUCCUUUCAUGGAGGAAGAAAAUUCAACCAUGCUAAACCCUUUAAUGUUAGAUAAAGCCAUAGAAAGCAACAUGGUGACUGCCACACAGACACAGGAUAACAUUAAUGAGGAGCCUGUAUUGCACAGCCAGAAAAGUAAUAUUGAUACAGAAGAUACCAACCAGGUGGAAUUGAAUGCAGAGACUGCACAUUCUAGUGUAAUUGACCAUGGUCUUCAAGACCAAUUCCUGGACUCUACAAAUCAAGAACUUUUUAUACACACAGAAUGUGACGUUAGCAGAUCACAAACCAUUAGCCAACAGGAUUCUUUAAAGGAAACCAUGCAGCUAAUUGAGAGGAAUAGAAAUGAAGAAAUGAAAAAAAUUGAACAUCAAAUAAAUCAGCUGAAUAAUAAUAUACAGAUUCUCAACACAACACAAAGACAACAGAAUCAAGCACUUGUCACUCUUGCAAAUUUUUACGAUCAUCUUGUUUCAUCACAGAAUGUGGCAGCAAUCAACUACCAACAGAUGCAGCACAGUAUAAAUCAAAUGCUAGCAUGGCAGUAUGAGACUAUUACCAUCACACGCAUGAUUUCCACUUUCAUGCAACUGUUGACAGAAGAAAGACAAAGAAUGUCCAGAUCAGAUAAUCCUUCUUGUAUAUCCAAUGCUACAGCAGGAACCUUUGUAUCCAGCUGUACACGUGGAGACUAUGUAACAAGCUCUACACACAGAGAGUAUGCAACGAGCGCUGCACCUGGAACCUAUCUAUACACCACUUUACCAGGAGAAUCUGUAUCCACCCCUGCAGCAGGAACAGAUGUAUCCACCACUUUACCAGGACCCUAUGUAUCCACCACUGCAACAGUAACCUAUGUAUCCACCACUUUACCAGUAUACUCUGUAUCCACUGCUGCAGCAAGUACCAAUGUUUCCACCACUUUAACAGGACCAUAUGCAUCCUACACUUUACCAGGACCCUAUGUAUCCACCACUGCAGCAGGACCCUAUCUAUCCACUACUUUAACAGGACCCUAUGUAUCCUCGACAUUAUCAGAACCCUAUGUAUCCAUCCCUGCACCAAGACCCUAUGUAUCCACUACUUUAACAGGACCCUAUGUAUCCUCGACAUUAUCAGGACCCUAUGUAUCCAUACGUGAAACAGGACCCUGUGUAUCCUCCACUUUUGCAGGACCCUAUGCAUCCAUCCCUGCACCAAGACCCUAUGUAUCCACCACUGCAACAGAACCCUAUGUAUGCACGACUGUAACAGGACACUAUGUAUCCUCAACUUUAGCAGAACCCUAUGUAUCCAUCCCUGCAUCAAGACCCUAUGUAUCCACUACUUUUACAGGACCCUAUGUAUCCUCCACUUCAGCAGGACCCUAUGUAUCCACCACUGCAACAGAACCCUCUGUAUCCACGACUAUAACAGGACACUAUGUAUCCUCAAUUUUAGCAGAACCCUAUGUAUCCAUCCCUGCAUCAAGACCCUAUGUAUCCACUACUUUUACAGGACCCUAUGUAUCCUCCACUUCAGCAGGACCCUAUGUAUCCACCACUGCAACAGAACCCUCUGUAUCCACGACUGUAACAGGACACUAUGUAUCCUCAAUUUUAGCAGAACCCUAUGUAUCCAUCCCUGCAUCAAGACCCUAUGUAUCCACUACUUUUACAGGACCCUAUGUAUCCUCCACUUUAUCAGGACCCUAUGUAUACAACAACUUACAUGGAGACUAUGUAUCCACUGCUUAUAGAGGCCUCAAUGUAUCCACCACUGCACCAGGGCCCUAUUUAUUGAAGCCAAAACCAGGACACUCAGAAUCCACUACUGGACAAAUUGCCUCAGAAUCCACCGCUGACUCAGGACCCUCAGAAUCCACCGCUGCAACAGGAAAGUAUAAAUCCACCGCUGCACCUGUACCCUCUGAAUACAGCCCUGAAAACACAAAUUUGAGAAGCAUAGCUGUAGCAUCAGAAGUGCAUUCAAGAUUGCAAUUGGCUUAUCGACCUAGCUCAAGCUAUGAUGAGAAUAUGGAUCUUCGAGUCAGAUUAGAGCGUGCAAAUAUUCAAAUUCAACAUUGGAAGAGACAGGAAGCUAACGAUGAGGAUGAAGCUUAAAUAUUAAAGAUAUGUCACAAACGGUCUUGCGAGCCAGGGUGAAGGAACUGAAGACAGAGGGAUACAGAGUCAUCCAUGUGUCCUGUUUGAAAAGA